GUCGUUACCACUGUCUCCCACCAGGUGUCAGCAAAACACACUUCUAUUAUCUGCAGCACACUUCUCUAAACAACAACUUGAUAUAAUAAUUUGGGGGGUUUUUGUUUGUUUUUGACAGUGUUGUUCUGAUUUGUCGAUCUACAUUAAUCCUUAAAAUGAUGGAUUUAAAUGGCAGUUUUUCUAAUCCAUGUAUUGGCAGGUGAUUGGAAACCAAAAAUACACGAGUUGGAGGGGGUUAGCACUUUAGGCUGCUGUUUUCCAUUUCAAAACACUAUAUUUACCAAUUUACCUUUAUUAUUUAAUGUGGAGAUAUAUCUUGUGACAAGCUGACGGGAUAAAACCGGGGUUAACGGACACAUUUCCGUGCUAGAAGCAGAUUAGGAAACACUGAGGGAAGUUACAGUUAUGUGAUGUUUUGGGUAGAGGUGGGAGGAGUGGCCUAAUCAUAACAGGAGAUCGACAAACACUGUGCACAGACUCUGCAAACCUCAGCAGUGAGGACAGGCUGUUUUCAGAUCAGCGGAGUGUUUCAUUUCACCCUCCUCGACGUGCUCCUGAAAAGUUUUUCACCUCACUCGACCCUUCAGCCAGCUUGUCCUCUACAUGGACUUGUUUCAAACUCACCCACCAGCCGUGGCGUGGACAUGGACUCCACCGCCGUUGUCUUAUAGCUGCAGCGUCUGUCGUACUGUCGGGUUUUUCAUAUGGCCGGAGCUUGCUACAAGUGUCCAGUAUCUCUGUCCGUGUUCAAGCGCUCUCUCUCGGUGGCGCCGCGGGGCUGCGGGUCCGCUCCACGGUCCCUCCUGCCGGGCUGGAGGUUAGGGGAGCGAGGCCUGCAGGAGGCCGCCCGACCCUCCAGCGCCCUCAGACCCGCUAGCUUUUACCGACACACGGCCUUCCUCUGUCUUUCCUGCCAGGAGUCCAUGAGUGAGAGUCUGCGGACCUGCUACCUGUAUCUGAACCAAACCAGCCGGAGUUUUGCAGCUGUGAUUCAGGCGCUGGACGGGGAGUUGAGACACGCGGUUUGUAUUUUCUACUUGGUGCUGCGAGCGUUGGACACUGUGGAGGACGACAUGAGUAUCCCUCUGGACAAAAAAGUUCCCAUGCUGAAUGAUUUCCACACCUACCUGUACCAGGAUGAGUGGUGCUUCACGGAGAGCCAGGAGAAAGACCGGCAGGUUCUGGAGGAUUUCCCUACGAUAUCGCUGGAAUUCAGAAACCUCGCUCAGGAAUACAGAGACGUCAUCUCAGAUAUCUGCCAUCGUAUGGGAGUAGGAAUGGCUGAAUUCCUGGAGAAGAAAGUUGGAUCCAUGAAGGAGUGGGACCAGUAUUGCCAUUAUGUGGCGGGGCUGGUUGGAAUCGGUCUCUCUCAGCUCUUCUCAGCAUCCCAGCUUGAGGACCCUGAGGUGGGGCGGGACACAGAGCUGGCCAACUCCAUGGGCCUGUUCCUGCAGAAGACCAACAUCAUCCGAGACUAUCUAGAGGACACACAAGAGGGACGUGCCUUCUGGCCACAAGAGGCCUGGAGUCAGUUUGCAGGUCGUCUCGAAGACUUGGCCCAACCAGAGAAGCUGGAGUCUGCUCUGUCGUGCCUCAACCUGCUGGUCACUGAUGCUCUGCGACACGUUCCAGAUGUUAUCACCUACCUAUCCCGCCUGCGCAACCAGAGUGUCUUCAAUUUCUGUGCUAUUCCGCAGGUGAUGGCAAUAGCUACACUAUCAACAUGCUACAACAACCCCAUGGUGUUCCAGGGAGUGGUGAAGAUCAGAAAGGGACAGGCUGUCACCCUCAUGAUGGAAGCCACCAACAUGAGAGCUGUGCAGAAUAUCAUCACUCAGUACAGCCAGGAGAUUUUACAGAAGGUCUCCCUCACCGAUCCGUCACGGGACAAGACCCUGCACAUCCUGGCCGUAAUCCGAGACAAGUCUGCACUGUCGCAGUCAAGCCUCCCCUCCAGGACCCACCACCUGUCGCCCAUGUACCUGUCCGCUGCCAUGCUGCUGGCCGCUCUCAGCUGGCAGUACCUCAGCACCACUGCGGCACAGGCGCAGGGCACUGGCGACAUGCAGGGACAGUGAACCCCCAUGGUGGCUACAGACUGAAGAAAACCUCUCUUCCCUCUCUGGAGGUCUGGCUCUCCUCUCACCAGAGGAAUCUGAAGCACCUCUUCCUCACUUUGCCCUCUUUGUUAUGGCCGUCACAGGACCAUGGACAUAUUUAGACUAUAGAGGGGUUCUGGUAGCAGGCUGGUCACAUUAGGUUGUUUGAUAGUGAUUUGUGGUUGUCCAUCCUGCAUCUGGAUUAAUUAUUUACACACAGUUGUGUGGUUAUACUGUAUUCACCAGCAUUAACAGCACAUUGAAACAAUUCAGGGUGUUUUAUCAUCAUUUGAUGGUUAAGCUGAUCAUGUGUUUCCUCCAUUUGUGUUUGAUUUGUUUGACCCAUUGUUUGGAUUGAUUUAAAUUAUUCUGCAUAUUUGAAUAUGUCAAGACUUAAAUUAAUUUUCUCUGUUGAGUUGUCUGAAAUGUUUCAAUAUGCAAAACAUGACACUGCCCAUUUUAGCAUUUUAGGGGAACACAGUCACCAAACUUCAUUUAAUUCUUCUUCUAACUUUGUGUCAGAUCUUAGUUUUCUUAGUUUUCAUGUCAACUCAAAGCUAGCUUAAUAUUCCACUUGUUAUGUGUCUACAGGAGAAACACUUAAAGAACUGUUACAGCAGUGCACUUGAAAGCACUUGCGCUGUAUGAAUGUGCUGCGUAGAUGUGGAUGUGAGCAUUUCCUCCCAGUAGAGCUUUGUUUCAACACUCUUACGCCUUUGUUUAUUCUGUUUGAACUCUAUGUACUUUGAAAUAGGAGAAAAGGAAAUGAACAGUGCAAUUCCAAGGUAGUUUCAUUAGACAUUGACUGUUGAAAUGAAUAAGGGAGAACAAAGAUAUACUAAACAAAUGUAAUUUCUGAUACAUUUGAUAUGAGAAAUGCAUAUUGAGACUGCUAGCUUAAGUGUCCUUAAAUGCAGCUUUGGUGAGGCUAGCACAGAGUAACCUUGCACAGAACCAAAGGAGAGCUACAAACAUUGCUAUGUAAUGUGAAAUUCUGAUUUGUACAUAUUUGAACUAAUAAAGAGGUGAAAUAAUCUAAA